AGGCUUGGUUAAGGGCAAGGGAGCCUUCCUCUGUCUCAAUACCACGAAGCAAACCCCGCUUUUUUUAGCUCCUCUGGUCUCACUACUGUCGGCUCCUCUCCCUCUGUACUCCAUUUCCCGGCGAGUUUUCCGGCCAAAAUUCACUUUCCGGCGACCUGAUAUCGAGGGACUUGUCGGAGGUGGGUACCCACUUCGCCGGAAGCUGCAGAGGCACUGGUGUUUCCCGCUCUUCACCGGCGUCGAGAAUCUCGAGAUAGAUGGGAAAGCUUUUUCUUUGGUGAUUUGGGUGGUUUUCCGGCGGGUUGGGGCAUAUUCCGGCGAUCGUGAGCUCGGGGGAGUUUGGAGAAGGUGUUGGAGCUUGGGACCGGUGUCAUUUUUUGGGGCUAUUUUGUCGGGAUUUUGGUUCACUUUUUCACUCUCUUUUUUGGUGCAAGGAAAUAAGUAUUUCGUUUUUUCCCGGCAAUAGUGGGCUCUGGUUUGGUGUAGUAUGUGACUUUUCCGGUGAGUUUUUUAGGAUUCCGGUGAGGGGAAGCCGGAUCUUGUGAGUUAUGAUGAAGUCUCAGGCGAAUGGAGUGGUGAAUAACCCUGGUGAUGGAGAGAGAAGGAGCAUUAAUCCUGAGCUAUGGCAUGCUUGUGCUGGCCCCCUGGUCUCAUUGCCUCCUGUUGGAAGCCUUGUGGUCUACUUUCCACAGGGCCACAGUGAACAAGUUGCUGCCUCCAUGCAGAAGGAUACUGAUAGUCACAUACCAAACUAUCCAAAUCUACCCUCUAAGUUGAUCUGCCUUCUGCACAAUGUCACAUUACAUGCAGAUGCAGAGACGGAUGAAGUUUAUGCUCAGAUGACACUUCAACCUGUUAAUACGUAUGAUAAGGAGGCAUUGUUUGCAUCAGAUCUUGCGAUGAAACCGAAUAAGCCUCAAACUGAAUUCUUCUGCAAAACAUUGACAGCAAGUGAUACGAGCACUCAUGGUGGGUUCUCCGUGCCUCGACGUGCAGCUGAGAAGAUCUUCCCUCCUCUUGAUUUUACCAUGACACCCCCUGCGCAAGAACUGACGGCCCGAGACUUGCAUGACCACACUUGGACAUUCCGCCAUAUAUACCGAGGUCAACCUAAACGGCAUCUGCUUACAACUGGUUGGAGUGUGUUUGUCAGUUCGAAGAGGCUUUUUGCUGGCGACUCUGUCUUAUUUAUAAGGGAUGAGAAACAACAGCUUCUUUUGGGCAUAAGGCGAGCAAACAGGCAGCCUACAAACAUUUCAUCCUCUGUUCUAUCUAGUGAUAGCAUGCAUAUCGGUAUUCUAGCUGCUGCAGCCCAUGCUGCAGCAAAUCACAGCCCUUUCACUGUGUUCUACAAUCCAAGGGCAAGCCCGUCGGAAUUUGUCAUUCCAUUGGCCAAAUACAACAAGGCAAUUUAUGGUACUCAAGUAUCACUUGGCAUGCGGUUUCGGAUGAUGUUUGAAACCGAGGAGUCUGGGACACGCAGGUAUAUGGGAACCAUUACCGGUAUCAGUGAUCUUGAUGCAGUGCGAUGGAAGAAUUCACAGUGGCGCAAUCUGCAGGUUGGUUGGGAUGAGUCAACAGCCGGUGAAAGGCGGAAUCGAGUCUCCAUUUGGGAGAUUGAGCCAGUGGCAGCCCCCUUCUUUAUACCCCCUCCCUUCUUCCGAACCAAACGUCCGAGACAGCCAGGAAUGCCAGAUGAUGAAUCUGAUAUAGAGAGCAUCCUCAAGCGAACUAUGCCAUGGCUUGGAGAUGAGAUAUGCAUAAAGGACCCACAAGCGCAUUCUCCCCCUGUAAUCCCUGGACUAAGCCUAGUCCAGUGGAUGAGCAUGCAACAACAACAGCAACAACAGAACGCACUGCUCAGUGGCCCCGGGGUCCAGCCUGACUACUUGCGCAACCCCAUGGCUACUGCACAACCCAUUUUACAAAACUAUGCAGCCUCUGAUCUCUCAAGGUUGCAAUCCCAAAUUUUGCAACAACAAAACAACCUUCCAUUCAAUGUUCCUAAGCUUCAGCAAACCCAACAACUACCUGACCUUAAGCCGCCCAUGUCAUGGCCAUCAAACCAGUUAGCUCAAACAGUUGUAGGUGAAGUGAACCAGCACUCUCAGCCUCAGCCUCUGUCACAAUCAUUGCCACUCCCUCCCCAGCAACAGCAGCAAAAGCAACAGAAUUGUGUGAUUAGUAAUUCUACCUUCACUCAGAACCAAGUUCAGAACCCCCUUCUUCAAAGCCAAAACAUGGGUCAGGCUCAAAACCCAAUUCAGAACCAGCUUCUGCAGAGCCAAAGCAUGUGUCAAACCCAAAAUUCAAUUCCGAACCAGCUCCAAGGCAUGGUUCAAACCCAAAACCUGGUUCAGGGCCAGCUUUUGCUGGCCCAAGGCCUGGUUCAAGGCUCUAUACAGCAGCCAAGGCCUGUUCAAAACACCUCACUUCAACAACAACAGCAGCAACAGCAGCAGCAGCAGCAGCAGCAGCAGCAGCAGCAGCAACACAGCAACAGCAGCAGCAGCAGCAGCAGCAGCAGCAACACAGCAGCAGCAACAACAACAACAACAACAACAACAGAGGCCACCACCACAGCAGCCUCAACAAAGUGUGGUUCAAAACCAUCAACAGCAAACCUACAGCCAUCAGAGCAUCAGUUGCAGAUGCAAAUGUUGCAGAAUCAGCAACCUGAACUUCAAGAGCAGCAAAGACAGCAGCUCUUGUUGGAAGCCCAACAACAACUAUCCCAACAGCUGAUGCAACAAUCUAUUCCCUCAAAUCAAACCCAACCACACCAACAAUUGCAUGGUGUGAACACACUCUUAUUUCAUCAACAACAUAUACCGAAGAGUUCUCCCCAAACUGGUAUCCAGUUCUCUCCCCAUUCUAUGCAACAAAAAUUGCCCCAACAACAGCAGGUUCUGUUACUUGAGAACCCGGCAAGUUGUCUAUCGGCAUCAACCAACCACCACUCGGCACCUAGCAAUGGCCUAGUGGCCAACACAAGGGCAGCACAGUCAGGGGUCACUGAUGAAGCCCCCUCUUGCUCGACCUCACCCUCGACAAACAAUUGCUCGGUCAUGACCCAACCUAUAUUGUCAAGAAACAACCGAAGUGGACCUAAGGUUGAGGAUAUCGUCCAAUCAGCUGCUACUGUUAUAAGCCCUGGCACCCUUGAAGCAAUGGGAUCUAAUGGGGCUAGCACGGCCAAGGAAUUGACACAACAGAAACCAGACUUUCAGAUAAAGCCUUCUGUAUCAUUGCCAAAAACUCCAAGCCAAGCUGCUUUACAAACUUAUCUUAAUGCUGCACAAAUGGAUUACUUGGACACAUCUUCAUCUGCAACUUCAAUCUGCCUUUCUCAAACUGAGGGUCCCACUUUGCAACAAAAUUUCCCACUCUCUUCUUUCAACCCUUCACAACUAAUGUUUAGGGAGGAUGGGGAGAUGCAGGCUGACCCAAGAAAUAAUGUUCUUUUUGGAGUUAAUAUUGACAGCCCACUGAAUAUUCCUACGACACCUGAUCCCUUGUUGGUGAGGAGCUUGGUUAAUGGAAAGGUUUUCCAGAACCAGAUUCCCAAUGGAAAUGCCUCUACAAGCUAUGGGACUCAGGGGGAAAUCCAACAAGAGGUCUCCACAUCAAUGGUUUCUCAAUCUUUUGGAGUACCCAAUUUACCAUUCAAUGGGGGGAUGGAUCCGAGCAUGAGCGAUGGAAGCUUCAUGAACAGAAGCUCAUGGCCUACACAGUUCCCCCGCAUGAGGACAUAUACAAAGGUGUACAAACGUGGUGCGGUUGGAAGAUCUAUCGAUAUCACACGUUAUAAGGGCUAUGAGGAGCUUAGACAUGAUCUUGCUCUUAUGUUUGGGAUUGAAGGGCAGCUUGAGGAUCCUCUGAGAACUGGCUGGAAACUAGUAUACGUUGACAAUGAGGGCGACAUUCUACUUGUGGGGGAUGACCCUUGGGAUGAAUUUGUGAGCUAUGUCCAGAGCAUUAGGAUACUAUCACCUGCCGAAGUUCAGCAAAUGAGUCUGGAUGGUGAUUUAGGAAAUGGAGUCCUCCAAAACCAGGCGUGUAGCAGCUCAGAUGGUGGAAAUGCUUGGAGAGGGGGACAAUGUGACCAAAAUUCUGCCAACCCAUCGGCUGGAUCAUUUGAACAUUCAUGAAGAGAGAGUGUUUUAAAAUCCAGAUGUUGAGAAAUUGGUUUCCUUUUUAAAAUAGAAUAGGCAGCUACCCAAAAAGAUGGGGUGGAGGUAAGUCUCCCCAUUAGCUGCAUGAUCCAAAAAUGGGUGGAGGUAGGUCUCCCCAUUAGCUUCAUGAUCUGAUGGGUAAAGCUUAAGCUAUUACAUUGGAAGGAGAGAGAGGCUUCAAGGAUGGAAGAGGAGGGAACACAUUGUUUUCUUAAUGCAUGGAUUUGAAAGGGGUACCCUUUUUUGUUUUGGUUUAGUUGAAAUGACCCAGAGAUUACAGGAGCGUUCGGAUGGUCAAUCUGAAACUCAUAAGGUUCUAGGCACAACAACAUUUUAGAUAGCAAAAAGGGGUAGACGGACCGUGAGGAUUGAGCCGAUCCAUGGUUUUACUUUGUGGAUCGUGCUGAGAGCUGCAAAUAAAUCAUUGGCUCGUGGGUUCUGAAAGUGAAGCUUACUGGUAUGUCUCCUGCUACCCAUGGAAAGCUCUGUUGUAUUAUUAGUGCUUUUCUGAAGAAGGCUUGAAUUUGCAGUGGUUCUGUAAAAUUGUGCAGAAAUCAUCAACAUUUUUCUUGUGUAAAUUAUUUGGUAGGAUUUGGAUAAUGUUAAAGAAAACUCAUUAAAAGAGAAUUUUGGACUCUAAUUUAUCUCUUGGAAAUGCAAAUGGAUUUCUAUGUUUUCAGUUCA